AUGUUCAGGUAUCCUCACCUGGGAGUCUGCCGCAAGCCUUUUCCAGAAAUGGCGAAACGUACGAUGGGACCAGGGAUGCAACGCUUUACUUCUGUGAUGGGGAACGUGACACUCUUUGGUAUCGCUGUUGUUUAUUUACUGCUCUCCGCCAACAUUAUACAUUACUUUAUCGGUCGUUUUACUUCAGUUCCAGCUAGUAUGUGUAUGGUAAGCGAGUUCUGA